AUGUGGGCGGUCCCCUUAUUUCUAGCCCUCCCAUGGGCAUCCGCCAACCCCGUCUCGCCCCUCCUCAGCGACUUCGACGCCCUGGGCGCGUGGUUCGAUGGCGUCGCCUCCAUCCCCCAGUCCAGCACCUCAAAUCUGACCUCCUCCGAAACCGCUAACCUCAAAAACACCACAAUCGCCAUUAUCGGCGGCGGCAUCUCGGGCCUCUCCACGGCACUCUUCCUCGACUCUGUGGGUGUGCAUAACUGGGAGAUCAUUGAAGCCAGUGACCGCGUGGGCGGACGGUUCAGGACAAAAUAUGUCGGUAAUUCGAGUGAGUGGGCAGAGAUGGGGCCUAUGAGGUUACCGCAUCGGGUUAGAUGGGAUGACGGGGAGGUGCUUGAGUAUAGUGAUCAUGCAAUGGUUUGGGAUUUGGCUGAAAAGCUAAAUAAAAUAAAUAAUGGGGACGAGAAGUUGAAGGUGGAUUUCAUUCCGUGGGUGCAGCAUCACCCCAACGAGUUGAUUGCGCAGGAUACAAAGCGCCAUCCUGAUGGGUCUAUCCCAACUCGUGGCGAGAUCGAGGCUGAUCCCUCUCUCGAAGAGUCCAGUGGUAUGUCCACAGAGCAAUACACAACCACCCAAAAUCACAUGGACGCAAUCCUAAAAGACAAACCCACCCUGAAAUCCAUCCAACGUGACCCCUGGCGCGCCCACAAGAAAGCAAUGGACGCCGGCCUCGAUGACUGGAGCCAGCAAGCCAUGAUGCGGCACGUCUUCGGGGCCUCCGAGAACGUCACCGAUCAGAUCUGGACGGACACCGACUACGAUGUUUUCUGGGACGAGCUGCAUCAUAACUCAAACCUUGGUUUGGAUGGGAGUAAGGGGAGUAUGGGGGAGACGGAGUGGAUGUGUAUUGAGGGAGGAUUCGAUCGAUUGAGUGAGGCGUUUGUUCCUCAUGUGCGGGAUAGACUUACGUUGAAUCGGAAGAUUCGUAAACUUGAACCUAUCACCGAUGCUGACGGCAAAACCAAAACAAAACUAUCUUGGUAUCCAAGCGUGUCGAACCGCACCUUCGAGUCAAAGGAAUACGACUACACAAUCAUGGCCAUCCCAUUCACGCAAACCCGCUUCAUGGACCUCCCAACUUACACCUCCGUGCUCGACCGCGCAAUCAGUGAAGCAGGCCUGCGCUUCAAAUCAGCUUGCAAAGUCGCGCUGCUCUUCUCCGAGCGGUUUUGGGAAAAGGGUGAAAAACCGAUCUUUGGCGGUUACUCCAAGCCGCCGAGUAAUGCUAUGGGCGCAUUAUACUAUCCUGUCUAUGGACACAAUGAGUCGAGGCCGGGUGUCAUUAUCCAGUAUCGGGGUGGUGAUUGGUCGGAUCGGUUGGUUUCGUUUUCGGAGGAGGAGUAUGUCCAGUCCGUCCUCGAUGCCAUCGUUAGUCUACACGGUGACCAAGCUCGCGACUAUUACACAGGAGACUACGAAAAACUCUGCUGGUUAGAAGACCCGCACACAGCGACGUCCUGGUGUCGGCCUGACGUCGAGCAGCACAAGUUGUAUAUCCCUGCUUAUCAUGCUACCGAGCAUAAUACUAUUUUCAUCGGGGAGCAUACGGCGCCGACGCAUGCGUGGGUUAGUAGUAGUCUGCACAGUGCUGUUAGGGGGGUUGUGCAGGUGUUAUUGGAUUUGGGGUUGGUGGAUGAGGCGAAGAAGGUUAAUGAGGAAUGGAUGGGGAGAUGGAUUGAGCGGGAUUAAUGGAUUAAAAGGGUCGAAAAUGAGGUGAGGGCUGUGGUUUGGGUUUGUAUAUGUACUUAUUUUGGACUUGAGUUGGAUUUGGAAAUCUGGAUGUAUAAAAUAGAC